AUGAAGCCAUAUACAAAUGGGAAAUUCCAAAAGAGAUGUCAAAAUAAUGAUAGCAAAGAUUUAGAAUUCAAAAUUUAUUCCAAAUGUGUCAGAAGACCAUUGAGAUUCAAAACAUUCAUCACUGAAGAAUUAUCACUAGAAUUAGGACCGACUGAUGAAGACUGGUUUAAGAAGAGAGUAAGAAAUGAGAGUGCUGUUGGAAAUGAUAAUUCACCUUGGAAACAAAACAAUCAACAAGAUUUUGGAUCAAAAAAUGUAUUUGCUACACCUUCACGUCCACUAGAGAAAUCUUCUUCAGUGUACCUGCCAGAUGAUGCUGACUGUGUUGAUCAUAGCAAUUUGGUGGAAACUGAAAUGCCCAUGCCAGAUAUGAAUAUUAGUGAACAUGGAUUUAGUCCAACAACGCCAGAUUUCAGUGCAGUCUUCCAUCAUCCACUCAAUAAGUCUAGUCAGUUAUUGCCAGGAAGUGCCUCAUCAACCAGCAGUGUGCAAUCCACCAGUUUCAAUUGGAAUCCAAAUCGUCAAGAUGAUACCCCUCAGUUCAUGAAGAGGUUAUUUAAAACACCACUGUCUAUAGCCAGAUCAAAUACCAUGAAAACUCCACAGAGAGUGUCUGCAAGUCUUGGAGCUGACCUAAAUGAGUCUUUUAUGUCGUGGACAAGUUCUUUGGCCACACCCCCUACUGGAACUGUGUCUGAUCAUAAAAAUAGAUCUGCUUGCAAGAAUGAUGUAGAUGGUAUUCAAAGAAAGACUCAGGUUUUGGCAAGAUCUUUAUUCAGUGGUGGAACCUGUGAUAGUGUAUCAGAAAGCAACGUUUGGAAAACAAACCACCAUGAGAAGCUAAAAGACUUUGGCAAUGAGUUAUCCCUUAUAAUGCCCAAAUCUCAAAGUCAAGAAGAUAUAAAAAGCACACCUCUGCUUGCAAUGCCAAACUCUGAAAGUCAAGAAGAUAACAAAAGCACACCUCUGCUUAAAAUGCCAAACUCUGAAAGUCAAGAAGAUAUAAAAAGCACACCUCUGCUUGCAAUGCCAAACUCUGAAAGUCAAGAAGAUAAUAAAAGCACACCUCUGCUUAAAAUGCCAAACUCUGAAAGUCAAGAAGAUAUAAAAAGCACACCUCUGCUUGCAAUGCCAAACUCUGAAAGUCAAGAAGAUAACAAAAGCACACCUCUGCUUAAAAUGCCAAACUCUGAAAGUCAAGAAGAUAACAAAAGCACACCUCUGCUUAAAAUGCAAAACUCUGAAAGUCAAGAAGAUAAUAAAAGCACACCUCGGCUAGAAAUGCCCAAAUCUCAAAAUCAAGAAAAUAACAAAAGCAAACCUCUACUUAAAAUGCCAAACUCUGAUAGUCAAGACAACAAAGAGAUAUCUUUAUCUGACUCUGUAGGACAAAAACAUUCAAUUAUAAUACCAAACCUGGAAGAUCCAAGUAGUGCUGUAAAUGUGACAGCGCCUGAAAGUCCAGAAAUUCAUAAUCCCACAAAAGUUGUAUCUAUUGGUAGAUGGAAAGACAGUGAUUUGGCAAGUGAUACUGUGAACAGAAAUAACACAGUUUCUUCUGAAAAUCAGAAUGCUAACAAUAACUUGAUGUGUGUUAAAAAUAGCAAGAAACUUUGUGACACUAAAAUCACUUUCAGACCAGAGACGUACGGUAAUAGUUCACCAAUAUUGACUUCAAGUCCUCAAACUCCACAUGUUAGUUGUAACAUCGGGAAGACUUUAGCUUUUCUCUUUGACUCGCCUCCUGAAAUAGAAAUCAAACCCACAAAGGCUGAUACUUCAAGAGAACAAAGUAUGAAAGAUUACUGUCAUGUUGGGAAACCUUUGUUGAAAAAAUAUAGUGCCUUGCCUUGUACUGUAUCAACAUCACCACCAUCUCAUGACUUGUCAUUACAACAGAACAAUUCUGUUGGAAGUACACAUAUUACAGAUGAAACCAUGCCAAACUGUAACUCUUUAGACAAUUCUGUCAUGUUUUCGCAGAUUUCGCCCACCUAUGCUGAAGCAAUUUUUCUUGCAACUGACCAGGCAUCUGCUAAUCAUGUGUUUGAAUGUUGUACUGAAACAGAAAAGGUAAUUUCAUCAAACAAAGUGAUUCGUGGAGCAUCCGCUAAGUCGGUUGAUGAGUGUAAGACUGUAGCAGAACAUGUGACAAUUAUACCAUCAGCAGAACCAAAUAAGUCCUGCACAGCUAUUUAUAAAUCAAAAGUGAACAAGUUUCAGUAUCCGACAUGCAGCGAGAUGACUGAAAGAAAUCAUUUCAAAUCACAGUCACUGCUAAACAGGAUGAAGCAAACAGAUGAUGAUAAAGAAGAUGAGGAAAGUGACAACACCUAUUGUGAUACCAAAUCAACAGUAUCGGUAAAUGGAUCAUGUUCAUUGACGAAAGUGUCACAAGGUGCUUUUGUGCCAUUUUCAUCAUACAUGUCCAAGGAGAAACAACAGUCAUUAAGUUCAAGUACUUCAAAUAGGACUCAAUCUAUUGUAAACACUUCACUUUUAAGAUGCAAUAUUAAGUCUGUUGGAUGUAAGAGGAGAAUUUUAGACCACUCUUUAGCAUCAUCAAAGCGUCUGAAAGUUGAUCACCAUUCUGGUAUAGAACGCAAGGUUUCAUUCCACAUUCAUGACAAAAGAAUGGAAAUUCCAGUUUCAACAACUGCAUAUCAGGAACCUGACAGGCACCCAAAGGAUAGUGAAAACAGUGAAUUGAAGACAUGGCAUAAAUCAGAACCUACAAACAUUGAUUCUGUUGUGGUUUCAAAUUUCAGAAAAAGUCUGUCUGAGUCUGUUUCCAGUACCAGUCCUGUAAAUAUGCAUACCGAAUGCAAGAGUAAAGACACCUGUGUGACAUCUCCUGUCUGUAAAGAGAGUACAGUAGUUUCUGACACUGCAUUUAAAGGCUUCCUUACAGCUUCCCAUAAAAAAAUUAAAAUAUCUCAAUCAUCAAUGUUGAUGGCUAGAAAACUAAUGAAUGACAUAGCCUCUGUGCCCGACGAUUCUGAAAUGCAUGCUUUCACUUUUGCGGGUGACAAGGGUAAUCCUCUAAAUAAACUGGUGGUUGUCACACCUGUUAAAAAUGACUCUGCGACUGAAAUAACUAACAGUCGUGAUAUGCCAGUUAUUGCUGAUUUCAAUUCCACCAUUGGUAGAGCUAUUGACAAAACUGAAGAUACUGCAAAAGUGACUCAUUCUAUAAUUUGUAAUGCAUCUUCAGCUGACUAUCCUGUAAAUCAAGGACUCCCUUCUACCUCAGAGAUUGUCCUGCUAAAUAAUCAGAAAAUCACCAGUGAUCUUAAGAAUGGGAAUGACUGUGGAAUGAGCUCCAAUAUCAGUGGUUUCUCCUGUGCAAGUGGCAAAACAAUUAGCAUAUCAUCUGCAUCUAUACAGAGAGCAAAGCAAAUCAUAAUGGACAUUGACAAUGAAGAAGCUUCUUUUCCUAGUAAGUUUGUCAAUGCUACAGAGACAACUACAUCAGUUCAAGGCUGUAGCAAACUGCCAAAAAGAUUCAAACCUUUUAAACCUCCAGCACCAACAAACAAUUCAAAAGACAGUGAGGAGACAGUGGUUAGAAGUCUACUUGUUGGUUUAAAAUCCUCUUGUAUCAAAAACAAUGAUUCAACAGAAACAAAUACAUCAAACAGGACAUGUUGCGAGUCUGAGAAAGAUUUGCUUUGUAAUGAACAGUUGACAUGUAAUGAUAGCUUUGCUGAUGACAUGCAUACAUCCACGCAGGUUGCAAAAGAACUACUGGCCGUUGAAGAAUUUGAACUUCAGUUGGCUGAAAUGAAACAAGAGGAGUCCAGUAAUAGAUGCAAUAGUAGACUAACCUUGAAUGAAGUAGAAGUUGUGAUGGACACUAGCAAUGACCACAUGUCAACCCUAGAAAAGAAAGAGCAGAUAGCUGAAUGGCAAAAUGUCCAAGAUCUUGAUUCAUUUGGCUCUGAAGACUGUGAAGUAGUCUUCAAUUUUCAUAAGAAUAUUGAAGCAACUGCUGCCAAAGACAUUGAAUCUUGUUGUGAUAAUAACAACACAAAGAGUAGGCAAGUAAAGGUCAAUGAUGUGUUGUGUAAUAGUAAUAUUUCUGAUGAUUUUAAAGCAUUCAGUGAUCUAAAUUUCCCCAGUGUAGAGUUGACUUCUAAAACAGACAAGGAUAAAUAUGAUAAGACUUUUCAAAAUGCAAGUGAGAAGAAUGUUCCAGGAAAAGUGCAUCUAGUUCAUACUGAAGAAAUACCUGUCAAAGGAUUUGUGGGUUUUCAAACUGCGAGUGGUAAAGGUGUCAAAAUAUCUGAGAAGGCGCUUAAGAAAGCUAAAAGUAUAAUUUCAGAAGUAGAAAUGGAGGAAGAUAGAAUGGCAUUUGAGAUAGAUAAUGGUGAUACUGUAUCCGGUGAAAAAGUAGAUAAAAUCUUGGAUAAAGGAUUACAAAAUGUCCAAAGAUGUCCAUAA